CAGAUACAGAGCAGGAUUCUUUACUGGGAGGCUCAGGAAUAUCAGGGAUAGUGUGGCGAAUAGGGUGGUGUGUCAGAAGUCUGAAACAAACAUGGAUUGUAUAAUUUAAUUGCAGAAUGCAGUUUCUAUAAAGAUGGUCAUUGGGGCGUUGGAUCCUCUUUAUCCAAACCAAACAGAUGUUUCCAGCUCACUAAUGGGAACUGCAGCAAACCAUGAUUCAGAGAGGAGAUUCUGUCACCAGAAGUUGGUCAGAGUGACAGACAGAUUUGUAGGUUAUUGUGUCUGAGGCAGAACCAUCAAGUGAACACAUCCUUUUCUCUGAACAGGAAAUCGAUAGCUCGGAGAGCGAGAGGCCAGGAGGAGGGAAUUCACUCCCGUCAACAACUGGGCACUAAGAGCAGCACCGAGAUUUUUGGAGUCCUGUAGCUGAUAACACGAACAUAAAUUUACAUGGCGCCCUACACGCGGGGGUAGCGUCCUGGAGCGCUUGACAGUGGAGGAGUCUGCACCCAAGUUAAGGGGAGAGGGAGGAAUAGGUGACAGUUAGCACGAACAAAAUGGAAGGCGAUUAGGCACGACUUGAAGAAGGACAGUCCAUUGGAAACGCGAACCUGGUGAUAUUGCCAGAGCCACCACAUCUGGAUUUCCUUUUAGCCUUGUGACAGACGCUAUAGAAAAAACGUAAAUAAGGCUCAACACCUGUCGCGAACCUGACCAACUGGGCUGCACUUAGCAGCAAUUGAGCAAUUGAGCGACUUGUUGGAAGUUGCUGGUAAAGAAACAUAUCUCUAAAAUACAGAGCCACGAGAAAACCAAUGAUUCAAUUAAAUGGUCACCGUUACCAUUAAUAAACACAUCCACAUCUGGGGUGACUGAAACAGCGACCACAUCUGGUGUUCCUCAACAACAUUGUGAUACGUUUUCACCACUUUGGGAGAUUCAAGUGAGAUGGCCUCUACGGAGCCUGAACAAAGUGCAAGAACACAGGGCAUUGCUAUGACCCGUGGUGGGGACCAGACACCCCGCAACACACCAACAGGUACAAAUACUUUAUUCACUGAGACUCUGGCACUCUACGACGAAUACCAGCUGCACAGACUGACAAAAUUCUACCGGGACAGAUUGGGACAGGCCAUUGAGGAAGGCGUCGAGGACAUCAGCUCAAGGCUGACACAGAAGGAAUGUUUCAGCCCCCAGGAGCACAAAAAACUCACUGAGCUCACAAAUAGUGGGCAGAGGAGAGAAAGCUCCAAACUCCUUCUGAACCUGGUGAUGGGAAAAGGUUCCCAGGCCCGGAAAGUGAUGUGGGAAUCCUUUGUGAAAAUGAGGCCAACUUUGCCCAAACUGAACAAAAUUAUGACUGAAAUACAGCAGCAAGGUGCCAGUCUCGUGGAUGAAGUGACGAUUAAUCGUAGUGUACCCGACGUCCCCAGUGAUCUGAGAGCCAUUCAGCGACUGCACAAGGAGACGUUACACAAACAAUGUGAGAAACUGGUAGUGAAGACCAUCCUAAUAAAGCAGAAGGUGAAAGAGUUUCAGUUGGUUGAUCGCUACACACAGUUAACUAUUAUUUCUGAUGUACGUGACCGGGAACUGGUAGAACAUGAGCUGCUGGCGAGAGGCAGAGACCACGAGGAGUGGAGACAGAAGCAGCUCCGGGGAGAGCUGGAAAAAAUCCGAACUGAUAAACUGUUCCACAGCAGCUUCUCGAAAGGAAGUCAUUUACCUUCUUCUCAGAGAAGCGGAUCUGACUUUCUCACAGGGACUUCCGCAGUAGUAAGUGGAGUGGCUGGGAUUCAGAAAACAACCAUGGUUCAAAAGAUUGUCCAUGACUGGGCCACAGGCAAAAUCUAUCCUCACUUCCACUUUGUAUUUGUUUUUAAAUUCCGAGACUUAAACAGACUUAACGACAGAGGUGUUCUGGAUGAGCUGUGGAAACACCCAGAGACAUUGCUCUUUAUAUUUGAUGGUUUGGAUGAAUUCAGGGCAAGGAUUGAUUUCGCUGACAGUCGGAGAGACACAGAGCCUCAGCGCAGGUGCACAGACCCUGAAUUCCUCUGUGAUGUUUCUGACAUUGUGUACAGUUUAAUACAGAAAAAGCUGCUGCCAGGCUGCUCAGUGCUGGUGACCAGCCGCCCCACUGCAUUACAUUUACUGGCAAAGGCUCAGGUCAGUGUCUGGGCUGAAAUCCUGGGAUUUGUGGGUGAAGAGAGAAGGGAAUAUUUUCACAAGUUUUUUGAAGAUCAGGAGGUGGCGGCUGCUGUUUACAGCCACGUGGAGGAGAACGAGCUCCUGCUCACCAUGUGCUACAACCCGUCCUACUGCUGGAUCCUCGCUCUGUCUCUGGGUCCCUUCUUCACACGGAAACACAGCAACAAACAGCGAGUUCCCAAGACAGUCACACAACUCUUCUCCUAUUAUAUUUAUAACAUACUAUCACAUCACAGUGUCAAGAUGGAAAGCCCCCGUGAUGUGAUGCUGAAGAUUGGUGAGAUGGCCUUCACUGGAGUCUCCCAGAGAAACAUUGUCUUUAAUGAGGAAGAUCUGAUCAAAUAUAACCUCCAGCCUUCCCAGUUCCUCUCUGGCUUUCUCAUGGAACUUGUGGAGAGAGAGUCUUCAGAGCACAGUGUGGUCUACACAUUCCCGCACCUCACCAUCCAGGAGUUUGUAGCCGCACUCGCUCAGUUCCUGCCUCAGAAUCCAGGAAAUCUGCGGAAACUCCUGAAUAAGCUCACAGGGAGAAGGACGGCCGGUUUGAGAUAUUCCUGCGCUUUGUUGCGGGUCUCUCCUCCCCACGGGCAGCUCAGCCACUGGAGGAAUUUCUGGGCCAUUUGUCCAUCAGACAACCUGCGCGGUGAUCGAUUGGCUGACAGUGAAGGUUGAAGCUCAGAUCAGAGACACAGACACCGUCACUGGGAAAAGGAAGCUGCUGAACACACUCCACUACCUGUUUGAGUCUCAGAAUCAAGCCCUGGCACAGCUCACACUGGGCUCUGUACACACACUGACAUUUGGUGACUUCUCUCCAGAGAAAGCAUUGACACUGACACCGAUAGACAGUGUUGUGUUGUCUCAGGCCAUUGGACUGUGUGACACAAUAAAACAACUGAAUCUGAGGAACUGCUACAUUCAGGAGGAGGGUCUCCAGCGUCUGGUUCCUGCUCUGCACAAGUGUCAAGAGUUGCUGUUGGGGAGCAAUAAUCUGGGAGAUUGUGGAGUGAAGCGACUGUGUGAGGCUCUGAGGAACCCGGAGUGUAAAAUACAGAGACUGUGGCUGCACAGUAACAGACUGACCGAUGACUGCACUGAUGAUAUGGUCUCCGCUCUCAGUACAAACCGCUCACUGAGGGACCUGGACCUGAUGUCUAACUCCUUCACAGACGGCUCUGUCCCCGCUCUCUGCCGCCUCAUACAGACUUGCACCAGUCUGGAGGGGAUCUGGCUGUGGGGGAAUGAGUUCAGUUCAGACGGAAAGAAUCAACUGAAGUCACUGCGGAGAAUCAGAGCUGAGCUGAGAGUGCAAUUCUCCCCUUUUUGACUGAGGCAGUGACUGUCCACACAGUCUGUGUAAUAUGGAAUAAAUUCUGUGCACUGUAGUGACUGAUUAUUAAAGAUGUUGAUCCUGA